CCUCUAUCUUUCUCGUAUCUCCCCUUCCCAUAGUCCUCAUCUCCUCUAUCUCUCCUCUUCGCAACCUUGAUCCCCAAAUCUUGAACCCAGACCUGUCUUCCCUCUCUCUUUCCCGUAUACCUAUCUCUUCCCUCUCGUUCUAAACGACGGGCAGCCACACGAUCGAAACCGACGGGAAUCAACUCCCAAAAUCAAGUUGAUUCAGUCACACAUUGGUUUGCAACAACCGUACUUGGUUUGCCUCGUAUUCAGUCACGCAUUCAGUCACGCAUUUGUUCAAAAGAUAACUCAAGGUUGAUCCAGUAUAAGGGGCAAAAGUUUCUAGCAAAAGUUAGUCUUCACAAGGUAAAAGUCAUUUUCUUCUCAAAAACAGGGGUGCAUGCUGCUCCAUUCAUACGCCAAACUGCUAAAAAUUAUUGGAGUCAUGCUUCUUUUGCAUUCGUGCUAUGGCAAUAGAACUAUGGAAGACAAAUAUGAGGCAUCCUCAGGCAUCUGAGGUCGUCAACAAGGACAUAAUAUCGCACUUUGUUCUUCGGCUAGUUUAUUGCAGAACAAGAAAUCUAUUGCUGGCAAGAAAGCUCGAGACUCAAAGACACUUCUCCACCAUUCCGGUUCGAAGCCCUUUUCGUAUAGGGUUGAGGCACGACGUGAGGAGGGUUCUAAGUUCCCACAGAUUGACCUGUUCAAGCAUGUUUACGUUCAUCCCAACAAUGAGAACAGUGACCAGCUUUAUGGUGAUAUGGUGGAAAAGAGCACUGCUAUUCUCCAAGAAGCAACAUCGCAGCUUCCCCCAGAGACCCCGAUCGAGAACAUCAUUGUACCCAAGGAUGCAGAUGUUCAGAUCGUGACUGAGGUCCUGGAUCAGAAGUUCGGUCGUCGUCAUGGUAAGGUUGUUCGGUGUACGGGGAAGGCGGGGGUUCGUGAAACGGGUGCCUCUUCUUCCAGAUUGUCCACAGAAGAGGUCAAUUCCUUGAAGGAGAAAGUGACAACCCUAAGAGGUCAGGUUGCGGCCCAGGGCGACCAUAUUAGGGCCCAGGACGAGAGGAUGAAUAUGAUUGUUCAGGCCUUAGCGAUGUCCGGCCUCCAAAUCCCGACGAUGCUAGCACCUAAUGUUGCUCCACCUUCGACUUCCCAGCCAUUUCGCCCAAACGAUACCGAGUAGCAUGAUGUAUUAAACU